AACCCCUAAAAUAAAGCGGUUUCUUGGUUCACACGAGAGGGACUCCCCGAUUCUCAAGUCUCUCCCACCCAAACAUAUCACAAUAAAUUAGGUAUUCCACCUUUUAUUUUUUCCCCCAAACACGCAUGCAAAUCGUUUUUCCUUUUCUAAUUCUUUUCUGACACACACACAAAUUUCGAAGCUCUGGAUUCCACCUCUUCCCGUCCUCGCCGACGGUGCUUAUGCCGGUUGGUUUCCAGAUUGCACUGGACUUGGAUUUAAAGGGAUUUAGCUUUCCUUUCAAGACAUGGAGAAAGCCUGCUUCUGGUCAAAUUGCAACCUUUUCCGGGUUUUUUUAUUCCAAGAAGUACUUGACUGGCGGUUUAUUGUCCAUGGAGAUUCUCUUUUGGUUUCUUUUGUCAAUUGCACUUAGUGCCCAGUCUCCUCUUAAUACUCAACACGGAGCCGCAAUGAAUUUUGUUUUCUAAGAUAGGUGCGGGAUCUUUAGCACACUUGUUGCAUUGUUGAUACAACAUCCAGUCAUGAGAAAACACCUUCCAGGGCUUGUAGUAAUUGAGUGGAAGUUGCUUACUAAGCGUUAGCAUUAGUAGUUCUUAGUUAAUGUUUUGCUGUUUCUCCUGAUGGAUACUGAUUAAUGAGGCUGCGGGUUUGGUACCAAAUAAGGCUUUGAAGCCCGUCCACCAUAAAAACACUGGCUUAAUGUUAUUGCAUGUUUCCAGCAAAAAUUAAUGGUGGAUUUAGCUGAUCGCCAAAGCAGUUUUUUUAUGUUUUAUAGUUUUAAGUACAAGCCAUCUUCUACCGAAGAUAAUUGUCACAUGUCUAUCCUUGGUUCUUAUAAAUCUCCUGAAUAAAGAAAGGGCUAAUUUUUGUUCCGCAAGAAAAUGGACAGGUACAAGUUAAUUAAGGAAGUUGGAGAUGGAACAUUUGGGAGGGUGUGGCGAGCUAUUCAUAAGCAGUCUGGGGAAAUUGUUGCGAUUAAGAAAAUGAAGAAGAAAUAUUACUCGUGGGAAGAGUGUGUGAAUCUGAGAGAAGUUAAGUCACUGCAGAGAAUGAAUCAUCCAAAUAUCGUGAAGCUUAAGGAAGUCAUCAGGGAACAUGACAUUUUAUACUUUGUUUUUGAAUACAUGGAAUGCAACCUUUACCAACUUAUGAAAGACAGGGAAAAACUCUUUUCUGAAGUUGAAAUCAGGAAUUGGUGUUUCCAAGUCUUCCAAGGUCUUGCAUACAUGCACCAGCGUGGAUAUUUUCAUCGCGACCUAAAGCCUGAGAAUUUGUUGGUUACUAAAGAUAUAAUCAAAAUUGCUGAUUUUGGUCUUGCACGUGAAAUAAAUUCAAGUCCACCAUACACGGAGUAUGUCUCAACACGCUGGUAUCGUGCCCCUGAAGUACUUCUUCAAUCAUACCUGUAUACUUCAAUAGUUGAUAUGUGGGCGAUGGGUGCAAUCAUGGCUGAGUUAUUCACCUUACGUCCUCUUUUUCCUGGAACUAGUGAAGCAGAUGAAAUCUACAAAAUUUGUAGUGUAAUAGGUACUCCAACUAAGGAUUCAUGGCCUGAUGGGCUUAAUCUUGCAAGGGCUAUAAACUACCAAUUCCCACAGUUCGCUGGUGUGCAUCUGUCUGCAUUGAUACCAUCAGCAAGCAACGAUGCAAUCAGCCUUAUUACAUCUCUCUGUUCGUGGGAUCCUUGCAAAAGGCCAACUGCUGCCGAGGCCCUUCAACAUCCUUUCUUUCAGGGUUGUUUUUAUGUUCCUCCAUCUCUUCGUCCCAGAAUAGCUGUUUCUAGAACUCCUCCUCCUGCUGAGGUUAGAGGAACAUUGGAACAGCAAUCUGUUAGGAGGUAUUCUGGGGCUCUGCCCAAUGGAAAAUUCACUGGCAGUUUUUCUUCUCUGAAAACAAAUGCUUCCUUCAGCACAGGUGCGCAACGCAAGCCUGAGAUGCUUAAUCAGGAUCUGAGAAAGAAUGAUAAACCCUUGAAGAACUAUAGCAAACAACCAAGGUAUUGGCCACCAGGAAGAAGGACAACAACAAUAUCAAUGAACAAGGAUAGAAAUGGACGUGGAGCUGGUGGGGCUUCAGAGGUGGCGGAGAAGUUGGGAAAUGUGACAAUUGGAAGUCGGAGGCAGUAUGGUGGACAAAUAAGGGCACCACCUAUGAAGGCUGGGGUGCAGUGGACUGCGGAAUCUAAUGACAUGUUUCUGAGGCCAACCCAACAGAUACCGUCUGGCAGAACUUUUACCAGAAAAGUAGCGGGAUGAGAUAGCUCCGCGUGAUGCCUUUAUAUGCUUCAUACUGAUACUGCUAAUAGUAAAUGACAAUUCUACUACUACUACUACUACUACUACUACUAAUAAUAAUAAUAAUAAUGCAUCUCAUUCAAUACAUGGAUACAAAGAAUGAGUGGUUUGGUUUGUUUUCUUUUGUUCUGUUGGAGUGGUUUUGCGUAGCAAUAACCCAUACGAUAAAACAUGGUUUCUGUUACAACCAAGUGAUUGGUUUUGCUUCUUCCUAUUGACGUUGCUUGAUAAUGAAAUGUGAGCUGUUUGUGUUUUUCUUCAA